AUGGUAGAAGAAGUGUUGACUGAGGCCCAUAUGGGCAAGUACACCAUCCAUCCAGGUGCCACCAAGAUAAGCCUUCAGGUUUUAUUACAGGCAUUAGAGAUUCCUGAGUGGAAAUGGGCUAGUAUAUCCAAGGACUUUGUAGUUGGAUUACCGAGAAGCCAAGCUGAAUUUGAUUCUAUUUGGUUUGCGGUAGACAGAUUGACUAAGUCUGCCUACUUUCUUCCAGUCAAGACGACUUUCUCCACAGAGCAGCUAGCUAGAUUAUAUGUUAGAGAAAUUGUGAAGCUUCAUUGCGUUCCUGAGAGUAUCAUUAGUGAUCGGGACCCGAAGUUUACUUCCCGCUUUUGGGGAGCAUUGCAUGAUGCUUUAGGUACUCAAUUGAGAUUGAGUACAACAUAUCACCCGCACAAGGAUCGUCAGACGGAGAGAACCAUUCAGACAUUGGAGGAUAUAUUAAGAGCAUGUGCACUAGAGCAGGGAAAUGCUUGGGACAAGUGUAGGACACUUACAUGUUGGAAUAAGGUUGGGGAAAAACAGUUAUUGGGAUCGAAAUUGGUCCAAGAGACUACAAAGCAGAUAGAGAUGAUCAGAGAUCGGCUGAAGAAAGCUCUAAGCCAUCAAAAAAGCUAUUAUGAUAGGAAGCAUCGACCCAUGGAAUUCUCAGAAGGGGAUCAUAUGUUUAUCAGAUUGUCACCAACCACAGGUGUUGGGCAUGCCUUUGGGAGUGAGAAAGUUGAGUCCACGGUCAAUGUUGUAGCAUCGAAAAGCAGUGCUGUAGCAGUGCAGAUGAGUUCAGCAAUGCAUCAUCACCAGCAAGCUAUGGAUCCAAGCCCAAUUAGUUAG